AUGGAGCCACCUGGGAACCUGUUUGCUACUCCGGCAGAGAGUCUAGAUGCCUUCAUAGCUCAUGAACUCCAACCUACCAAGGAGACCAAAAGGGAAGUCCAUGAUGCCUUCCAGAUGAUCCAGAGAUUUCUUCAUGGUUGGGGUUUCAAGAAGCAAAAGGAUGGCGCGUGGAAGGUGAUGAAGGCAGGCUCUGUGAUGAAUGGGACAAUGCUUAAGUACAAAGGGGAAGUGCACGUGGUCGUAUUCCUCGACUGCUACAAGUACAGUACAGAUGACAAGCUAAAGUUCAUAAAGAAGAAACUAUCCCACAGCUGGAAGAACCUGGCCAACAUCAGUGAAAUAUGUAUGAACCCUGAAGUUCCUAGCUCCCUCUUCUUUACAAUUCAACUCACGAUGACAUCACAGCCCAUCGAUGUGGUUAUCCUGGCCGCCCACAAUAUUCUGGGAUCCUCUCCUCUCACUGAGACUUACGUGAAACUGAUUAAAGCUAACGGCCUUCCCGGCCAAUUCUCACCAUCCUUCAUACAACUUCAGACGAGUUUUAUAAGAAGUCAUCCCACUAAGCUGAAAAGCCUCCUGAGGCUGGUAAAGCAUUGGUAUCUGCAGCACCUCAAAUUCAGCUGCCCCAAAGCCUCUCUACCCCCAAUAUACGCCCUGGAGUUGCUGACCAUCUAUGCUUGGGAGACGGGAACCCGUCAAAGAAAUAAGUUCAACAUGGCUAAAGGCUUUGUGAGCGUUAUGGAGCUUCUCCAGGACAACAAAGACAUCUGCAUCUACUGGACCAAGUACUACAGUCUCCAGGACCAGGUUAUCAAGGACUCUCUGACACAGCAGCUGAAGAAGGAAAGACCCGUCAUCUUAGACCCGGUGGAUCCCACCCACAAUGUAGGAGAGGGAAAGCGAUGGGACCUGGUGGCCCAGAGAGCUGCCCAGUGCCUGAAAAAGAUAUGUUGUCUUGACAAGUAUAACUACCGGAUGCGAGCCUGGAACGUGAAGAGAGUCAGACCUAUCCAAGUGACGGUGAAAAGACAGCAAGGGAAGGACCUGACCAUGUGGGUGGAUCCCUUUGACCCCAUCCAGCAGAUGAAGAAGCAUCGAAAUCUGGCCCAGCUCUUCUACCACCAGCAGUAUCUGUUCUACCAGGAGCCUGGCAGCUCGCAGCAUAGCCUCAGGUGCCAUCUGUCCUUAGCAGAUUACGGGAUCUUCUGGGGCAUCAGCAUCUACCUGGUGGAAAGAUUUGACUCUAAGAUGCAGCUCUGUGUGAAGAUGCCCAGAAGCAAGAGUCCCGAUGAGUAUUUCAUGGGGUCCGAUGACCUCAUAGGGAAACUGAUGCAUCUGAUCGAAGAGAGACAAGGGCUGUGCCCUGGACAGCAUAUUCUCAUGUUCCAGGGACAGCGCCUGCAGGCGGAUUUUCCCCUUGGCUAUUAUGACAUCCAGGAGGGUGACGUCCUUGUUCUCUCUGAGAGAAAGCCCUAGCCCCUAACUUCUGGGAAAAGAAUUCAUUAUUUGAUAAAAAAAAAACUGCUGGGAUAAUUGGAAAUUAGUAUGGCAAAAAUUAGGCAUGGACCCACACUUAACACCAUAUACCAAGAUAAGAUCAAAAUGGGUCUAUGACCUAGGCAUAAAGAACGAGAUUAUAAAUAAAUUAGAGGAACAUAGAAUAGUUUAUCUCUCAGACUUGUGGAGGAGAAAGAAAUUUGUGACCAAAGAUGAACUAGAGACCAUUACUGAUCACAAAAUAGAAAAUUUUGAUUACAUCAAAUUAAAAAGCCUUUGUACAAAUAAAACUAAUGCAAACAAGAUUAGAAGGGAAGCAACAAACUGGGAAAACAUCUUCACAGUUAAAGGUUCUGAUAAAGGCCUCAUUUCCAAAAUAUAUAGAGAACUGACUCAAAUUUAUAAGAAAUCAAGCCAUUCUCCAAUUGAUAAAUGGUCAAAGGAUAUGAACAGACAAUUUUCAGAGGAUGAAAUUGAAACUAUUACCACUCAUAUGAAAGAGUGUUCCAAAUCAUUAUUAAUCAGAGAAAUGCAAAUUAAGGUAAGUGAGAUACCACUACACACCUGUCAGAUUGGCUAAGAUGACAGGAAAAAAUAAUGAUGAAUGUUGGAGGGGAUGCGGGAAAACGGGGACACUGAUGCAUUGUUGGUGGAGUUGUGAACGAAUCCAACCAUUCUGGAGAGCAAUCUGGAAUUAUGCCCAAAAAAUUAUCAAAUUGUGCAUACCCUUUGAUCCAGCAGUGUUUCUAUUGGGCUUAUAUCCCAAAGAAAUACUAAAGAAGGGAAAGGGACCUGUAUGUGCCAAAAUGUUUGUAGCAGCCCUGUUUGUAGUGGCUAGA